AGCAGCCAUGGCCAUGUAAGGGACUGUGCUGCCCACCACAGGCUAUUAUAGGAAGGUAGAAGAUAAGAUGGGCCAUACAUAAAACCCACCCCAGCAUCACACCUUGGCUGGGAGUCCACGUACGAGCACUCAGACAUGGCAAGUAAGAAGGCCUCCAAUAAGAGACAGAGGGGAGGACAGAAGUCUUGCUCCAAUGUCUUCUCCAUGUUCGAGCAGUCCCAGAUACAGGAGUUCAAAGAGGCUUUUGGCUGCAUUGACCAAGACAGAGAUGGUGUUAUCAAAAAACAGGACCUGAGGGAGACCUAUGGACAGCUGGGGAAGCUUAAUGUCCAAGAUGAGGAGCUGGAUGAGAUGUUGAAUGAGGGGAAGGGUCCCAUCAACUUCACCGUGUUCCUGACUCUUUUUGGGGAAAAACUCAACGGUACCGAUCCUGAAGACACCAUACUUGCUGCCUUCAAACUUUUUGACCCCAAUGGGACGGGCUUUGUUAAUAAGGAUGAGUUUAGACGAUUACUGAUGAACCAAGCCGAUAAAUUCACAGCAGAGGAGGUGGAUCAGGCCUUCGCCCUCGCUCCCAUUGACCCUACUGGCAACAUCGACUACAAGUCGCUCUGCUACAUCAUCACGCAUGGAGAUGAGAAGGAAGAAUCCUAACAAGGACUGUAAUCCGUGUAGUCAUACAGGUCAUCUAAACAUGCUGACAACUGUUUUUACACUGACUGGUUAUUAUUCAAAAACAUUAAUGACUGAUGGAAUAAUGUUGGACUAGAUUCAUUCAACAUCCACUAUUCAACAUAUAUAAAUGCUGUUGUUCUGUUGGUAUUAAAAAGUGGCUAAUUUGUUUGUAUGCUAUUGAGAAUAAGGUGUUGGGCUCUCCCAAAACUUCUUUGUAAAAACUCCUUACCAUAGCUGUGAUCCCAAAAUAAAAAGUCUGAACAUCA